AUGGCCCUGAGCAAGGGGCUGCGGCUGCUCGCGCGGCUGGAGCCCGCGGGGGAGAGCAGCGUCCUGCUGGAGGCGCGCGGCCGCGGCGACUGCCUGCUCUUCGAGGCCGGCACGGUGGCCACGCUCGCCCCGGAAGAAAAGGAGGUGAUUAGAGCGCAGUAUGGGAAACUCACAGACGCCUACGGAUGCUUGGGCCAGCUCAGGCUGAAGUCCGGUGGCACCUCCUUGAGCUUCCUGGUUUUGGUGACAGGCUGCACCUCUGUGGGCAGAAUUCCAGAGGCUGAAAUCUACAAAAUCACGGCCACCGAUUUUUACCCACUUCAGGAGGAAGCCAAAGAAGAGGACCGUCUCUUAGCCUUGAAGAAGAUCCUCAACUCGGGCGUGUUCUACUUCUCGUGGCCCAAUGAUGGGUCCCACUUCGACCUGACCGUCCGGGCGCAGAAGCAGGGUGACGGCCACUACGAGUGGGGAAACGCUUUCUUUUGGAACCAGCUGUUGCACGUACCCCUGAAGCACCACCAGGUGAGCUGCUCUGACUGGCUGCUGAAGGUCAUCUGUGGGGUGGUGGCCAUCCGCACUGUGUACGCCUCACACAAGCAGGCCAAAGCCUGCCUUAUCUCCCGCAUCAGCUGUGAGCGGGCCGGCGCGCGCUUCCACACCCGUGGAGUCAAUGACGACGGCCACGUGUCCAACUUCGUGGAGACGGAGCAGAUGAUUUACAUGGAUGAUGGGGUGUCGUCUUUUGUCCAGAUCAGAGGCUCGGUUCCACUGUUUUGGGAGCAGCCAGGCCUUCAGGUUGGCUCCCAUCAUCUGAGACUCAACAGAGGCCUAGAAGCCAACGCUCCUGCUUUCGACAGGCAUAUGUUGCUUCUGAAAGAGCAGUACGGGAAGCAAGUGGUCGUGAACCUGCUGGGGAGCCGAGGCGGAGAGGAGGUGCUCAACAGAGCCUUCAAGAAGUUGCUCUGGGCUUCUUGCCACGCCGGCGAUACACCUAUGAUAAAUUUUGACUUCCAUCAAUUUGCCAAAGGCGGGAAGCUAGAAAAAUUGGAGAACCUGUUGAGGCCCCAGUUGAAGUUGCACUGGGAUGAGUUUGAUGUGUUCACAAAGGGCAAGAAUGUGAGUCCACGCUUUCAGAAAGGAACUCUGCGAAUGAACUGUCUCGACUGCCUGGACCGAACCAACACUGUGCAGUGCUUCAUCGCUCUCGAGGUCCUCCAUCUGCAGCUUGAGAGCCUGGGGCUGCAUUCAAAGCCCAUCGCUGACCGCUUCGUGGAGGCCUUCAAAGCCAUGUGGUCCCUGAACGGGCACAGCCUGAGCAAAGUAUUUACAGGCAGCCGGGCCCUGGAAGGGAAGGCUAAGGUGGGGAAGCUGAAGGAUGGGGCCCGCUCCGUGUCACGCACGAUCCAGUCCAACUUCUUCGAUGGGGUGAAGCAGGAGGCCAUCAAGCUUCUGCUAGUUGGGGACGUCUACAGUGAGGAGUCAGCUGACAAAGGCAGGAUGCUUAUGGACAACACAGCACUUCUGGUGACUCCCAGGAUCCUGAAAGCUAUGUCCGAGCGGCAGUCCGAAUUCACAAAUUUCAAACGGAUCCGUAUCGCCAUGGGAACGUGGAAUGUAAAUGGAGGGAAGCAGUUCAGGAGCAAUCUCCUUGGGACCGGAGAGCUGACCGACUGGCUGCUGGAUUCGCCCAAGCUUUCUGGAGUUGCCGAAUUUCAGGAUGACUGCAGCCCUGCCGACAUCUUUGCCGUGGGGUUUGAAGAGAUGGUGGAGCUGAGCGCAGGGAACAUUGUCAAUGCCAGCACCACCAACAGGAAGAUGUGGGGAGAGCAGCUCCAGAAGGCCAUCUCGCGCUCUCAUAGGUACAUCCUCUUGACAUCAGCACAGCUGGUGGGCGUCUGUCUUUUCAUCUUCGUGCGCCCCUACCAUGUCCCCUUCAUCAGGGACGUGGCCAUCGACACGGUGAAGACAGGGAUGGGAGGAAAGGCGGGGAACAAAGGUGCCGUGGGCAUCCGCCUCCAGUUCCACAGCACCAGCUUCUGCUUCAUCUGCAGCCACCUGACGGCUGGGCAGUCCCAGGUGAAAGAGAGAAACGAGGACUACAAGGAGAUCACCCAGAAGCUGAGCUUCCCGACGGGAAGAAACAUUUUUUCUCACGACUAUGUGUUUUGGUGCGGCGAUUUAAACUACCGCAUCGAUCUUACGUAUGAAGAAGUCUUCUAUUUUGUUAAACGCCAAGACUGGAAGAAACUUCUGGAAUUUGAUCAGCUACAGCUACAGAAGUCAAGUGGAAAAAUUUUUAAAGACUUUCACGAAGGAGCCAUUAACUUUGGCCCCACCUACAAGUACGAUGUCGGCUCGGCUGCCUACGAUACGAGCGACAAAUGCCGAACGCCGGCCUGGACAGACAGGGUGCUAUGGUGGCGGAGGAAACACUCGUUUGAUAAGACAGCAGGAGAACUCAACCUUCUGGACAAUGAUCUCAACACUGACUCCAAAGUCAAACACACCUGGUCUCCUGGGGUCCUCAUGUACUACGGCCGGGCGGAGCUGCAAGCAUCUGAUCACAGACCUGUGCUGGCCAUCGUGGAGGCAGAGGUACAAGAAAUUGAUGCGGACGCCCGGGAGAGAGUUUUCCAGGAGGUCUCCUCUUUCCAGGGCCCCCUGGACGCCACCGUCGUGGUAAAUCUCCAGUCGCCAACCUUAGAAGAGAGGAGCGAGUUCCCCGAGGACCUGCGCGCCGAGCUUAUGCAGACGUUGGGGAACUACGGGACCAUCGUUCUCGUCAGGAUCAACCAAGGGCAGAUGCUGGUGACUUUUGCAGAUAGUCACUCGGCUCUCAGCGUCCUGGACGUGGAUGGCAUGAAGGUGAAAGGCAGAGCAGUGAAGAUUAGACCCAAGACAAAGGACUGGCUGAAAGGUUUGCAAGAGGAAAUCAUUCGGAAACGGGAGAGCGUGGCCUCUCUGUCUCCCACGGCCAAUUCCUACUUGCUAGAGGAAAACUUUGACUUCACGAGUUUGGACUAUGAAUCUGAAGGGGACAUUCUGGAAGACGAUGAGGACUAUUUGGUGGAAGAGCUAAAUCGGCCGGUGGUCUCUGACAGUGAGCUGCUGGGAGACGACCUUCCGGAAGCCACUAGCUCCACAGCAGCAGCCCCUCCCAGCAGGUCACCUGCACUCACCAAGAAGCAGCAGCAGCCAACGUACAAAGAUGAUGCUGAGCUGGCGGAGUUAAAGCAGGAGCUGGAAGCCGUUGGGGAUUUCCGCCACCGUUCUCCAAGCAGGUCUCUGUCGGUCCCCAAUAGGCCUCGGCCACCUCACCCACCGCAGAGACCCCCCCCUCCAACUGGUUUGAUGAUGAAGAAGUCGGCUUCGGACGUGUCCAUCUCCUCUGGCACCCACGGGCAGUACUCGAUUUUGCAGACAGCAAAGCUGUUGCCAGGAGCACCUCAGCAACCACCCAAAGCCAGGACCGGGAUAAGUAAACCAUACAAUGUCAAGCAGAUCAAAACCAGCAAUGCUCAGGAGGCGGAAGCGGCAAUCCGGUGUCUCAUGGAAGCCAAAGGAGGGACCCCAGAAGAAGCCCUGAAUGCCAUGGUCCUGAGAGACCCAGGGGGCUCCAAGCCAGAGCGCACACCUGGGGUGGCCAAGCCAGAGUCCUACCAGGUGACCCAGCUCCUUCCCCGUCGGCCCGCACCCAGAGUUCCUGCCAUCAAGAAGCCGACCCUGAGAAGGACAGGCAAACCCAUGUCGCCGGAAGAACAGUCGGAAAAACAGACUGCCUACUUUACAGUCGGGCCCCCAGAGACAAGCGUUGAAACCCCUUCUCUCACGGCAGCCCCUCGAGUCCCGCCUGUCCCCAAACCCAGAACAUUUCAGCCUGGGAGAGGUGCCGAGAGGUGGCCAGGCCCUGGAAAGCCGCCGUCUGACGAGGCCCUUCCAGGGGCAGCAGCCGCCGCGCCAGCACUGUUGGAGGGCCCGUCUCUUGUGCCCAAGGUCCCGCCAAGGAGGAAGAAGUCAGCCCCGGCCGCCUUCCACCUGCAGGUUCUGCAGAGCAACAGCCAGCUUCUCCAGGGCCUUUCCUGCUGCAGCAGCCUCGAAAAGUCUGAGGAAAGUCAGGACUGCCCACCUGAACCCCCGCCAGUCGCUGGCCCCCUGUCUCCACAGGCCGGUUUUCUUGGCACAUCAUCUGCCACAAGCCCUGACACCAAUGCCAUCAAGGAGAUGAAGUCAGAGGCAGCCCCCCUCCUUGGUGAUUAUCAGGAUCCCUUCUGGAACCUUCCCCAUCACCCUAAGCUGUUGAAUCCUGCCUGGCUUUCCAAGAACUCCGACCCUUUGGACUCAGGGACCAGGAGCUUUGAAAGGGCAUAUACGGACCUCCCACAAGGCAGUGCCUCAGCCGCAAAGGUGGAGCUGCCGGCAGACCCUGGGCAGAAGGACUUUGGACACUGGGUGACGCUCAGUGACAAAGACAAGAGGACGGCGCUGCAGUUGUUUGACCCGCUGGCAAAAACAUGA